UUGAAAACCCCUUCCCUCCUUCAUCAUCAUCAUCAUCAUCAUCAUCACUCCAAUUGAGCCCUCGUUUCCGAGAAAAUGAAGUCCCACAACUCCAACACACCAAAAAAUUUCCCAUCACUCAAACUACCCCCUCAACUCAAUCCCCAGCUCCAAGAAGCCUUCUGCAACCUCCAAAACCAUUGCUCCAAUCUCCUCCAACACCUCCCAAACCCCUCUUCCCUCAAAACCCACUUUCAAUCCGCUCUCUCCAACCUCCAAAACCACGCAAUACAUACUCUUGACCCUUCUUCUUCUUCUUCUUCUUCUUCUAACAAAAACCCCGUUUGGGCUCGAAUUGCCAAACCCAACAAUUCCCAGUUCACGGCUGUUCGCCAAUCUGGUAGUGUCGGCGGCCUGUCGACUGAGGCCAUUGAAGAGCGGCUGGCGGGCGUGCCUGUGUACGCGCUGAGCAAUGCCUCUGAAGAAUUCGUGUUGGUUUCGGGUGUUUCGACCAAGUACAAGAAAUCUCUGGGGCUGUUUUGUUUCAAGAAGGAGGACGCUGAGGCGCUUCUUGAGCAGAUUAAGAGCUUGGAUCCCAAUAUGCAAACUGGCUCCAAAGUGGUUGCUGUUGCUCUCAAUAAGGUUGUUCAGUUGAAGCUUGAUGGGGUGGCUUUCAGGCUGAUUCCGGAGUCUUCACAAGUCAAGAAUGCGCUUAGGGAAAUGGAAAAGAUUGGUAUUUCUGAUGAUGGCUUCUCGGGUGUUCCAGUUUUCCAGCAAGAACUAGAGGUUAAUGGAGAUUGGAGAGAGAGGCCUCCAGAAGAGGAAGAAGAGGGAACUCUACCAUCACAAAUGGCAACUCUAGGAAGCGCUACUGGUAAAUGGACAUCAAGGAGUUUGAUACUGAAGAGCCAAAACAAGAGCUAUCGUCCAGCUUUUUUUAGAAAGGAAGAUUUAGAAAAUUCCCUACUAAGAGCUUCCCGCCAGCAGAAUCAAAUAAAUCCUGCUUUCAGACGGGGGGAUAUUCAGGUUGCAGUUCUUGAGGAGGUACUCAAGGGGAUGAAGGAAAGCUCAACUUCGAAGUGGGAUGACAUUGUUUUUAUACCUCCUGGUUUCGAUGUUUCUACUGACCCUACCCAGAAUUAGGCAACUAUAAAUGUGUAGGUCAUGGCAUCUUUAACUAGAUAAUCAAUUCAGUAAAUAUUUUAUGAGUUGUAUACUUUUUUCUAUUUCUUUUUUGUUUUUAAUUUAAAUUUUAGGCAUGUCAUUUCAGAGUUA